AUGGCAGAUAUUCAAGUAAUUACUCAGGAUUUUGUGAACGUGCACAUCACGAAGUCUGACAGCGAAGAUGCGGCGCCCAUCGAGCGGAGAUUCAAAAAAGGAAUUACUGUUCUUGAGUUUAAGACAAAAUUGGAGCUGGUCACCGGUGGAUCCGCAGCUACUAUGAAACUGAAGCUGUAUGAUAAGAAGAACGUGUACAUCUGCGACAUAGACAAUGAGGAAGCCCUGCUUGGCUCCUUCCCCAUAGACGAUGGCAUGCGGAUACAUGUGGUUGAUAAGUUUGCUCUUGUCCAUGAUUUUGCAUCAUCUGAUAGUGCUGAGAGAUUUCGUUUAUCUGAAGAAGAGUAUGAAAAGAAAGGCGAUACUCUUCGCUCAUUCUUGCAGCGAAACAAACUCGGCAAGUACAAUGAGGAGGAGAUGACCAAGCUCAAGGAACAGCAGCAGAAGGAACUUGAGGAUGAGGCUAAGAUAGCAGAAGCAGUAUUAGUAGGAGCUCGCUGUGAAGUCCGCGUGCCUCAGCAACCGGUGCGUCGCGCCACCGUCAGGUACAACGGUCCCUUAGAGGGGGCUAAAGGUCUAUGGAUCGGAGUGCAGUACGAUGAACCUCGUGGCAAGAAUGAUGGAUCAGUAAACGGCAAGCGUUACUUCACAUGCCCCCCAAAGUACGGCGGCUUUGUGAAACCGGUCUAUGUGACCGUGGGUGACUUCCCGGAGGAGGAGUUUGAUCUAGAUGAUGAAAUAUGA